AUGUUAAAGGAUCUCCUACUCUCCCAGUACACCUGGGGGCCACAGUGGCCGGGUGAUUCCCAGUCCACCUGGGGGCACAGUGGCCGGGUGGUUCCCAGUACACCUGGGGGUCACAGUGGCCGGGUGGUUCCCAGUACACCUGGGAGCCACAGUGGCCGGGUGGUUCCCAGUACACCUGGGGCCCACAGUGGCCGGGUGAUUCCCAGUACACCUGGGGGGCACAGUGGCUGGGUGAUUCCCAGUACACCUGGGGGCCACAGUGUCCGGGUGAUUCCCAGUACACCUGGGGGCCACAGUGGCCGGGGGGUUCCCAGUACACCUGGGGGGCACAGUGGCCGGGUGGUUCCCAGUACACCUGGGGGCCACAGUGGCCGGGUGGUUCCCAGUACACCUGGGAGCCACAGUGGCCGAGUGAUUAUGGCGUUUUCAUUUUCUACAAUCACGAGCUCUUCAACACUAGGUCCCGAGUUCGAGGCCCACAUGUUGCAUUAUCCAAGUACUGGCUACAGAUGA